AUGUCUACACAAGCUCCGUACGCCACAGAUGUCGUCGAUGCAGCGGCGCUGGACCACGAAGUAUUCCAGCAAGAGCUUCUCCAGGCUAUCAACUCAGCAGAUCCCAUGAGUGUCAAUUGGCGUAAUCUGAGCGUUUUGCUCAAAGCUCGAAUAAACCUCCCACAUCCCAUCAUACUCGCCAAGUGGGUAGAGCGUUUCACAACACAACUGCGCUGGUCUCCGUACGAUUCCGUGCCAUUCGUUCCAGAACGCUUUCCUGGGGUGAAACUCAUCUCAGCACAUCAUACCUAUCCUCAGAGGGAUACAGUGAUGCUUAUGCUCUCUGUACCCGGUGCUGUAUGGGAGAGUCUUCAGCAUUCAUCGGCAUCUGAUUCAAUCACUAUUCUGGAGCAUGUGGGGGAGGAAAACGUCGUUGGAGACUUGCAGAUGACCUAUCUGCUUACACGAGCAGCAAGGCGAGUCAACGAAGGACCGAUCUCGAUCGACCAGUUCAUGGACGAUCUCAAAAGGGUAUGCUUGGCCAUGAAUGACGGUUACGGAGAUAGGGUAGUAAGAAACUUCGUCUUUCCCCGAGUCAAAUUCACCGUAAAGAUGACGAAAGAGAACCACGAGGACAGUCGAGAGCCCACAGGGUUACCGUGGAAUGAUAUACGACUCCAGACGAAGUCCAUGAGCCGUAGUGGCUUGAAAUUUCUUGGUGAAUCUCCAUGUGAAGGAGGCUCUGAAACCACGUUCGUUAUUGCCAAGGACUACUGGCCGUACCUCGAAGCCAUCUCCCACACGUAUUGCUUCGCUGGUUAUGUUGAGAAGCGCGAAUAUAGGGAGAUCUCACCAAAUCGUCACUUUCGACCUUCCCCAGAACCGACACAAGCAAUUGCGGAUACACAAUCACCUCAAAGGGCAACAAAGGCGCGCUCUCUCUAA